CGCUAGCGAGCUAACGUCGUGGGUAGUUAUCUAGCUCAGACGCAUCGCUAAUCACCUCCGACGUAUUUUUCAGUUACAAUAACGGGGUUUUAACAUUGUACAGUGUCUAUUUCUCGGUACCUUUUAAAACAUCUAACAAAAAAAAGCCUUACGUGUGUCUCUUGUUGAUCUCUGGAGUUUCAUCAGCUAUAAACACGUGUGGAGUGAUGAAGAUGCUGGUAACCUGGACGCAAUGGGCAGCCUUCACGGUGUUGCUGUUUGCCACCUGUGAGUCAUCAGUCAUCCCUCCAGCCUCUGUGCAUGAGGGGCAACCCCAGUCCAAGGACUCCUGCAGCUGUGCCAUUCCCACCCGUACCGCUGAUGUCCUGAAGAACCCCUCCUGUGAGGGACAGCUCAUCAUUAAUAGGAAAGUGAGCGCUGUAUACGAAGAUGGCCGUGUGGCAAACUCAACACACCCAGUGAAGUUUGUCUCCGUGGAAAAGUUCACCUUGGACAUGUGCCCUGUCUCAGCGUACAUUCUUGCUGAGUGUUCAGAGCAAAACAUCUUUCACAACGACACUUGUGUCUGCAUGAAAACCACUGAAAGUCCAACCACUUUUCCAGCCCCUCCAUUGACUAUACUUGAGACUCCAAGUGAAAACUCUGGCCCUCAUUCUAGACAUCAUUUUAUCUUGGGCGUGGUCUUGACUUUGGCAGUAAUCUUCGGUCUUAUCCUCACAAGCAGGAAGUUGGUUGCCUACUGCACCAGAAAGGAUAAGCCUACGCUCCCAUAAGGAUCAGCAGGCUGCCGUUUGGAGGAAUGUAUUUGGCAAAUGGUGCUGGGGGGGUGCCAAAAGUGACAAAAUGAACUGUCCACUGGUUUCCUACUUGUACUGUAAGUUAUUUGGAGCUACACUGUAUGUAUUGUGGGGAUCAAAAACCAAAGGUUCCUUUCCACUAAGGUGGGGUUGGUGAUCAGCAGCUCCCUGAUACUCCCUGCCUCAGAUCACCUACAACCAUGUGGUAUAGCUGCAGACUCAACAUAUACAUUUGCAUAAUCAUAUCCAUAGUCAUUUGGCAGACACAUUCAUCUAAAGGGAAAGAAAAAUGUGGGCAUGUGGGAAAGGAAAAAAAAGGUCAUUUUCAAGUGUCAGGUAAGCAAGAAAAGUCAUAAGGCGUUUAUGCAGAGGAGUUGCAUCUUUAGCUGAUUUACCAGCAUGAAGCUGCCAAGCACUGUCCCUCUUUUUCUACUCGUUUUUUCUGUCCCUUUAAAAAAAAAUGCAGUUUAUUGUAAAUGUACUGUCUUAUGCUGUCUAUUUCAUAUUUAUGUAAUAUGUAAAAAAUGUCAAUUUUGUUUUAUGUUAUGAAUGUAAUUGAUGUCAUUACUUUCAAUUUUUCCAAUGCUGUAGUGAUUUUUUUAAUGCCUUAAACUCAGAUAUGAUGUUUUAAACGGUGGCCAUUUUAUGACACUUUAAGGCUACUACAAAGCACACUGUGAAUGCACUGACAUGUAUUUGUUGAUAAGCUAUUUUAUUUGCAGUUGUCAGGGAUGCUAGAAACUGUAGGGCACAAAAGAAAGCAUUAUCAAAAACUACGGUAUUAAUUUUUCGAUUUCCAUUUGCUGAAGCAAACUUGCACAAGAACAAAUAAAGUAAAUGUAUAUUUAUUCUUCCAUCCAUGGAGUAUGUUUUUCCUUUGUACGUCGCUUUGGAUAAAAUCGUCAGCUAAAUGACUAAAUGUAUAUGUCUGAAAUAAAGCGUUGCUUAAUUUUGA